AUGUCGGAGAACGAACCAGCGGUCGAUGGCGUUGGUGGUGUUGGAGUCGAUCCUGUUGGUACCGAUUGCGUUGAUGGUGCUGCCGCUGUUGCUGUCAGCUGCGAGGAUGCCGUUGGAGAUUCAGUCACCGGAGAAAUUGUUGUCGUAGGAGUUCCCGUCAUUGGACAGGAGGGCGGUGCCCUUCAUGAGCAAUACCUAUUUAACCUUCUUCCGGGCGCCUUCAGCCUCAUUGGUUUCACCUACGGUGUCUCGGAAGGUCAGGCGACACGUGGAGGAAAGAUCAAGGUCAAGGUCGUUCCGAGUGGUCGAUGGGCAGACAGUCAGACUGAGACUGUCGAACUUGUUCACGCAGAGAUAACUCCGAGAGUGGUGACAACUCAGGAGGCCCUAGAUGGAGUGGGUACCUUCGUGGGAAGCGCUAUAUGCACGCCAAGGGUGCCCCCAGGGAAGGCCCGAAUUUGGGACUACGGAUUAGUCGUUGGUUAUGACUGGGAUGAAGAGUCGCUUCGAGGAACCCUUGAUGUUAACUUUGACGGGGUCGAACUACAGGUUGCACAUAAGCCAAACUCGAUUCAGGAUGUUGCUGUUGAGAUUUAUGUGUUGCGGCCUUGUGGUGGUCGUGGCGUGGGUCUGAUUAUGCCACUUGAACUCAAGCAGAGACACGAAAAGAUCUACAACAAGUUUAGCGGAGUUGGCCAGCUGGCUGUUCGGGACUCGACAGCUCUGCUCGCUGAAGUUGGCAGCACUCCCAUCGAUGAGUCAAAACUGGUGCCACUCCUUGAUGUAACAAGUUUCAAAGUGUAUCAAGUGACCAUUCAACACAUCCUUGAUUACGUCUACUACAAAGACGGAAAGCGCACGGCACCACCCGAAAUUAAAUUGGGCGAUAGCAUUUUCAACUUACCCAGCGAAGACGACAACAGUCAGGACCGGUCCAGAUCGAAUCGUCGUGAGCUAAAUCCGCAGAGCGAACCUGUGUUCAGUGAUGGUCUUAGUGACGCGGAGGACGAUAGCGAGCCCCAGGUGUCGGUGCGACUGGACAGGCCUCCAGCGGAGUCGGCGUCAAAACGCAGACGUGUGAACAGCGCUGCCAACACCGGCAGCUGCGCUGAAGAUCGUAUGCAGCGACGUGGGCACAGCGCUUUGUGGGGUUUGUUCAAAUUCACUGGAGAAAAUUUGGUUUCUUUCCACACCCUGCUAUUCUGCGUGGCCUGUUUGGAUGGGACUUCGGUACGAGAGGGCUCUCCAUCCGACAUUUCGUUCGAGUUACUGAGCAAGAAAAAUGCAGCGGGGCUGCCGUAG